AUGGCGCCCCCGAAAUAUGUCGAUGACGAAUCCUUUAUCAAGUGGACGUCGGAGCAGCCGCCUCCCGGCGCUCCCUACGCGCUCCCCGUGCCCAACACUCAACGCCCAAAUCGGACUCCGGUGUACCGUCACUGGAAGCUGACCGAUGGGCCCCUGAUUUCGAGGUUUUCCGACAAGAUCCGGACGAUGCAUGAGAUCUUUGAGGAUUCCGUCAAGAAGAACGCGAACAAGAAAUUCCUCGGCUGGCGGGCCUGGAAUCCCGAGAAGAGGGCUCACGACCCCAAGUACACAUACAUGACCUAUGCCGAAGGUGCCGAGCGGCGGAAGAACAUCGGUGCCGGAGUCGUAGAGCUGCACAAGCGGAUUGGCGUCACGGCUGAUAAGUAUGGUGUUGGACUCUGGGCACCCAACUGCCCCCAGUGGCAGCUAUUCGACCUUGGCUGUAUGUCCCAGUCUUUGUGGUCAGUCUCCCUGUACGAGACCCUGGGGCCCGAGACCUCGGAAUACAUCAUCAACCACAGCGAGCUUGUUUGCGUUGCGAGCUCGCUGCCUCACAUCCCGCAGUUGAUCAAGCUUGCGCCCAGAACCCCAGGCCUUAAGAUGAUCAUCUCGCUCGACCCGCUCGAUAACGGUGAACCUGCCAACAGCACCAAGCUUUCUCUGCUCAACCAAAUGGCGGCCGAUGCAGGCAUCCAAAUUUUCUCUCUGGAACAGGUCGAAACCAUCGGCGCACAGUCCGGGAGGCCCAUGCGCCCUCCCCACGAGGACGACAUCAUCACCAUUAACUAUACCUCUGGUACCACCGGAAACCCUAAGGGAGUCGUCCUGAAGCACAGCCAUGGUGUCGCCGCCAUCUACGCUGCCAUAUGCAUGGGUCAGUUCCGAAACGGUGACCAGCACAUGUCCUACUUGCCUCUGGCCCACAUCUAUGGCCGUAUGCAGGACCAGCUUAGUUUUGCCAUCGGCGGCACGACAAGCUUCUUCCGUGGUGAUGUCCUGGGUCUCGUCGAGGAUCUCAAGCUCGUGCGACCCAAUUACUUCUGCUCGGUCCCCAGGCUGUACAACCGCUUUGCUCAGUCUAUUCGUAUUGCCACAGUCGAGUCCCAGGGCUUCAAGGGAUCGAUGGCGCGCCACAUUGUCGACGCCAAGAAGGCGAGCAUGAAGCUGCCCCCAGGCCAGGCAACAAACAAGCAGUGGCUGUACGACAGGAUCUGGUCGCCCAAGGUGCGACAGGCCGUCGGUUUGGACCGCGCGCGCUUCAUGAUCAGCGGCAGCGCUCAGCUUGAUCCGGAUGUCCAGGAGUUCCUCCGUGCCGCUUUCGCCAACGACUUUUACCAGGGUUUUGGCAUGACCGAGACCUACGGAAACGGCACCGUCCAACAGCCUGGUGAUUUGACCUUGGGUAUCCUCGGUGGACCAUGUGUUGCCAUGGAGUACUGUGUCGAGUCCGUCCCGGAUCUCGAGUACACUAUUACAGACAAGCAAGGGCCGCGUGGUGAGCUGUUGGUUCGUGGACCGACCGUCUUUAGCGAAUAUUACAAGAACCCCGAGGAGACAGCCAAGACGGUCGAGGCCGAUGGCUGGUUCCACACAGGCGACAUCGUCCAAGUCGACAAGCUCGGGCGCAUCCAGAUUAUUGACCGCAAAAAGAACGUGCUCAAGCUGGCCCAGGGUGAAUACAUCUCGCCCGAGCGCCUCGAGAAUGUGUACAUGGGUAGCUCGAACCUGAUUGCGACCGCCUUUGUCCAUGGUGAUGGCAAGGAGUCGAGCCUCGUGGCGGUCUUCGGCGUUGACCCUGAACACUUUGCUCCAUUGGCGUCCAAGAUCAUGGGCAAGACCAUCGCGCCUACAGACGCGGAGGCGAUCAAGGAGGCGUGCGGCGACGCAAACGUCAUGAAGCACUUUAUGAAGCACAUUGACGAGAUUGGACGGUCCCACAAGUUCAACAGCUACGAGAAGGUCAAGGCUGCUCAUCUGGCCCUGGAUCCCUUCAGCGUCGACAAUGGGAUCUUUACGCCUACACUCAAACUCAAGCGCCCUCAAGCAGCCCGGGCUUUCAGGAACGAGAUCGAUCGCAUGUACGCCGAGAUCAACUCUCAACCGUCGGCCAAGGCCAAGCUGUAG